AUGUUUGGGGCCACACAAUCAUCGAAUCGCAUGAACGAUUUCGAGGUGGCAUCGCCGCCCGACGACUCUGUUUCGGCAUUGGAGUUCAGCCCAAGCACAUUGCCUUCCAAAAACUUCCUGAUUGCCGGCAGCUGGGACAGCAGCGUACGUUGUUGGGAGGUGGAACAGAAUGGAGCAACAGUGCCAAAAUCAAUAAAAUCAAUGGGCGGACCAGUGCUCGAUGUGUGCUGGUCUGACGAUGGUACGAAAGUGUUUAUGGCGUCCUGCGAUAAACAAGUAAAGCUCUGGGACUUGGGAUCGGAUCAAGUAAUGCAAGUGGCGGCUCACGAUGGGCCAGUAAAAACAUGUCACAUGGUAAAGGGGCCGAACUACACGUGUCUGAUGACAGGAUCCUGGGAUAAAACAUUGAAGUUUUGGGAUACCCGAUCGCCCAACCCAAUGAUGGCAAUCAACUUACCUGAACGCUGCUAUUGUGCGGAUGUGGAGUAUCCCAUGGCCGUUGUGGGCACUGCAUCGCGGGGCCUAAUCAUAUACUCGCUGCAGAAUACUCCUAGCGAGUACAAGCGGCAGGAGAGUCCAUUGAAAUAUCAGCAUCGCACCAUAUCGAUUUUUAGGGAUAAGAAAAAAGAGCCCACUGGAUACGCUUUGGGCAGUAUUGAGGGUCGCGUAGCCAUCCAAUACGUGAAUCCGGCUAAUCCCAAAGAUAACUUCACGUUCAAGUGUCAUCGCUCCACAAGCACCUCUGGCUUCCAGGACAUUUACGCCGUAAACGACAUAGCAUUCCAUCCGGUGCAUGGCACUCUGGUCACAGUCGGCUCUGAUGGCACAUUCAGCUUCUGGGAUAAGGACGCCCGUACUAAGCUCAAGUCUAGUGAUGCCAUGGAUCAGUCUAUAACCAAGUGCGGAUUCAAUUCGAAUGGCCAAAUAUUCGCUUACGCGGUUGGAUACGAUUGGUCGAAGGGCCAUGAGUACUUCAAUCCAGGAAAGAAGCCACAAAUUUUCUUGCGCUCGUGCUACGAGGAAUUAAAGCCAAGGAUCAAUUGAUUGGAGGCUUGUUUUAGUUUGGAGUUAAUCGACAGUAUGAACUGCGAAUAAAAUUAAUUCAGAGCGUAA